AUGGCGUCUGCGCCGCAAUGCACGGCGUCGACGCACAGGUCGGCGGUCGUCCGUGGCACGCACGAGUUUCACAUCGUCGGCUACAGCGAGCGUAAGCCGUUCGCCCGUCUCACCAACAAGGCGGUCGGCAACUACACCUGGGACCUCGUCUGCACCUUCGGUGUUCAAGGUCACCUCACAUCCAUCACCCUGGAGCUGCUCACCAAAACCAUUACCAAGGAUGUCAUCGCCACGGCCAGCCUUCAGAUCGACGACCCGCUUGGCCGGUGGCCGCCCGCCGUGUGGCGAAGCGACGCCGCCCACAGAUUCUGCAGGAGAAUAUUUGCCGGUAUGAGCUGGAAGCUGUCGCUACCGGAUGCGUUCCGUGGGCACGAGGAGCGCUACGUCACCGACGAUGACCGCCCCACCAUCAUCUGCACCGUCGACAUUCUCCAAGAGGAUACCCAGACCGCCGCGGAGACCAGGAAGUGCUUGGUCUCUGUGGUGCCGGCGCCGACCAUCCCACGGGAUUUUCAGCAGCUUCUGCUACUUCUGGAGAAGUACCCCAAGUUAUCCGACGUCACCUUCCUCGUAGAGGCUACUGAGUUCCGUGCGCACAGGCUUGUGCUUGCGAUGCGGUCGCCGGUCUUUGCCACGGAGCUCUUUGGUGACGCGAAGGAGAGCACCACAAGCCGAAUAAGGAUAGACGACAUAGAUGCCUCCACAUUUAGGGCCAUGAUCCGGUUCAUCUACACUGACGAGCUUCCCAUGAAGCCAAUCAACCAUGUGGAAUCAAGAAGCCCCCUUAAUAAUAAUUUUAAAGAGGAAUACAUGUCCCUCGCCCGCAAACUCCUUGUGGCAGCUGAUCGGUAUGAUCUCGAGAGGCUGAGGCUCAUGUGCGAGAACAUACUGUCGGAGUGCAUCAAUGUGGCCACUGUCAUGAAGACGUUACUGCUGGUGCGAGGCCGCCAAAGGUGCUAUCAGCUCCAGGAUUCCUGCAUCAAGUACAUACCGUCUGAUCCUGAUGUGUACAACGCGGUGAGGACGACCAAGGAGUAUGAGGAGCUCAAAGAAACAUGCAGCUCUUUUAUAAUUGAGGUCAGUGAGAGAGUAGCUCAUGGCCAACCACCCUUCUUCCUCCAGUAG